CCACAAUGCACCGGUCCCAGUCUCUCCACUCGCGUCCGCAUGAAUCAUGGAGGCGAACGGAAUCGAGCAGCUGCUGCCGGUGUCGGUGAGCCCGAGCCCGGUACCGCCAAGCAUGGACACGGUGAUCCUCAACGGGCACGCGGCGGAACGAGACGAAGCUGAUCCCGCCAAGAAGAAGAAAAAGAAGAAAGGCAAGACGGCAGUUUCGGCAGGACAAGGAGAGCAGGGUGAGGAUGGCGAGGUGGAGCUGAGGAAACAAACAGAACAGCAGAUCCUGGAUGAGAAGAAUAGAGAAGAGGAUGGAGAAGAAGACGGUGAGGAAGCUGAUAACGUCUCUGGGAAAAAGAAGAAAAAGAAGACCAAAAAGAAGAAAGGACCCAAAACCCAAACGGACCCUCCAUCCAUCCCCAUUUGCGAUCUGUACACCAGCGGAGUGUUCCCUGUGGGUCAGGAGUGUGAAUACCCUCUAGCACAGGAUGGCACUAGCGCGGCUUGGAGAACGACCAGCGAGGAGAAGAAAAUGAUGGAUAGAGCCAACGAGGAGAUGUGGAAUGAUUUCCGGCAGGCGGCUGAAGCCCAUCGGCAGGUGCGGCAAUAUGUGAAAAGCUGGAUUAAACCUGGAAUGACUAUGAUUGACAUCUGCGAGCGCUUGGAGGACUGCAGUAGGAAGUUGAUUAAAGAGAACGGUCUGAACGCAGGGCUGGCGUUUCCCACGGGCUGCUCGCUGAAUAACUGUGCUGCUCACUACACACCCAACGCUGGAGACCCCACAGUCCUCCAGUACGACGACGUGUGCAAGAUCGACUUCGGCACGCACAUUAACGGCAGGAUCAUUGACUGUGCCUUCACUGUCACCUUCAAUCCAAAGUAUGACCGCUUGCUUGAGGCUGUGAGAGACGCUACCGACACAGGCAUCAAUUGUGCAGGUAUAGAUGUACGUCUUUGCGAUGUUGGAGAAUCAAUACAGGAAGUGAUGGAGUCGUACGAGGUUGAAAUAGAUGGGAAAACGUACCAAGUCAAACCUAUCCGGAAUCUGAACGGACACUCUAUUGGUCAGUAUCGGAUACACGCUGGUAAAACCGUGCCUAUAGUGAAGGGAGGAGAAGCCACCAGAAUGGAGGAGGGGGAUGUGUUCGCUAUUGAGACGUUCGGCAGCACUGGUAAAGGAGUGGUGCACGAUGACAUGGACUGCUCCCAUUACAUGAAGAACUUUGAUGUCGGACAUGUGCCUAUCAGGCUGCCCAGGGCAAAGCACUUGCUAAACGUGGUGAACGAGAACUUCAGCACCCUGGCGUUCUGCCGCCGCUGGCUCGACCGUUUGGGUGAAAGCAAAUACCUGAUGGCCCUGAAGAACCUGUGUGACCUGGGCAUCAUCGACCCCUACCCCCCUUUGUGUGACGCCAAGGGCUCGUACACGGCUCAGUUUGAACACACCAUCCUGCUCAGGCCUACGUGCAAGGAAGUCGUGAGCCGUGGAGACGAUUACUGAGACUUGCAUAUGUAUGAACACACUCCAGUCCCAUGCAAAAAAACAAAACAACAACAGGCAUUCUUAAAAGAAGAAACUAGUUUAAACACUGAAAUGCUAUUUUGAUCGUUCAGCAUAUACUGAGCUUUAAGUUAGGCAAACUACUAUGCAUGUGUACAAGCCGGUGCCCGAAUUAAGUGAGCAAGACAAAACCUUUGUACUCUUUUGUGCUCUGUGCAGUGAAAGAGAUCAUGUAAAGUAUGGCUGCUUGGCUUUACACGUCACUGAAGGGCUUUUGCAAGAAAAACAAAUUCAUCAGGUAGUCAGUCGUAAUGCGCACAGCUUUUACAGUUUUGUUUUUUGGUAUUUGUAUAAUAUCAAAUGGCAUUCUCAUCUAGUAGCCUACCUAUUACAUUUUUAAGUUUGUUUUUUAAAAAGACAAAAUAAACUGUACAAUACUUCAAA